GACGAGCUUCCUACAACUUCCGUUUCAAGUGCUUUGGGGCUGAUUGGUCAGAAAGGAGUUUUACGUAACAAACCUCACGUGGGAUUCCACGCGUGGAGCAAGCCCACGAAAUGUCGAUUGUAGCGUAUGAUUUAUUUUAUUUCAUUUUAUUUUGACUAGUGAGCCGCUUUAAUGGGUCACUGUGUGCUCAUGUCGGUUUAAUCUAUAAAAAAAUCACUGAAAAUUUCCCAUGUAGUGCAAUAUUUCACUAUUGUGAAUUCCUUUUCCGGUGUAAAGGGAAGAUUUUCCCUGCGUUCAAACUUAUGUGCAUGUUUUUUCCUCAGUUGCUAAUUUCUCCUGUACUGUAAUCGUUCUAUUUAUCAAUUAAACACUUUACGUUUGACAUUUCCAUAGAGAAAUAACCAACUGUUAAAAUAAGAAUUUGCUUCAUAUUAUUAUUUGGUAACUUAAUCUUUGCCUUAAAGACAAGAUUUGGGUAUUAUUAUUGCUAACACACGAAUCUUAAGCGGGGAAUUUGACGUUAUUCAAGUGUUUAUUGAGGCGAUGCUGGCCUAUUUCGUAAUUUAACUGUAAUUACCAACAUUAUUAUGAUCCUCACUACCAGGUGCGUAGUUAGAUAUCGGAGUAAAAAUCAAUUACUCUCAAAAAUGCUAUAUUUCCAGUUCGUACUCCGCGACGUAAAGCUAAUUAGCUGUUGAAGCAAGCUUUUUUUCCACCACACAUCGAAAACUACGCCACAAAUUCAUUGUUAAGAGGCAGGGGUGCAUUUCAUGGUGGAUCUCCAUUCAACAUGGCUAUAAAUGUAGAACAGGAGGCUCUUAUUAGCCAGAUGUUCGAAGCGUAUAUCACAGAGUAUCAUCUCGGGGACAUUAUCAAGCUAACUGCAACCUCCAAUGACGACAGUCAUCAGCCUGUUGUGAUCAAUGCCAUGUCAUUGUUUGAAGCCAGUAUGGAGAUUGGUGACUAUUUGAACGCCUAUCCCAAUGAUGUCUUGACAAUAUUUGACAAGGUUUUGUACAAACGAGCCAUUGAGUUGUCAAAGAAUGCCUCCGUUAAGCAUUUGCAUGGGUUACCUCCUGAAGAGCAGAGAAUAAAAAACACCCUUCAUGCGCGUAUCACAGGUCUACCAAUUUGCCCAGAACUCACAAGGGACAGAAUUCCCCGAUCGAGAGAUGUUGGGCAUUUCUUGUCCGUCACUGGGACUGUCAUCCGCACCAGUUUUGCCAAAGUCCUUGAGAACGAGCGUGAUUACAUGUGCGCCAAGUGUCGCCAUGUUUUCGUGCUGCAGGCAGACUUUGAGCAAUUCUACUCCUUCGUCCCACCGGUGGUCUGCCCCAAUCCCAAUGGCUGUAACUCAUGCAAGUUCAAUUGUCUGUCUGAAGGCUCUGAGCCGACUGCCUGCAGGGAUUACCAGGAGAUCAAAAUACAAGAGCAAGUGCAGAGGUUGUCAGUGGGAAGUAUUCCUCGUUCUAUGGUGGUGGUUCUGGAGGAUGACCUUGUGGACAGGUGUAAGUCAGGAGAUGAUGUGACUGUUUAUGGGGUGAUGUGCCAGCGUUGGAAACCUUUUUUUGAUGGUGAUUGCUGUGAUGUGGAGCUGGUUCUCAAAGCCAACAACAUUGAAGUCAACAACCAGCAGGGUGCUGCUUCUUUACUUUUGGAGGAUGUUCAAAAGGAAUUCAAAGAAUUCUGGGAGCACUACAAAUGUGAUCCAAUAGCAGGCAGGAACCAGAUCUUGUUGAGUCUGUGCCCUCAACUAUUUGGCAUGUAUGUGAUUAAACUGGCCCUUGCCAUGGUGUUGGCUGGAGGGGUGCAGAGAAUAGAUUCUUGCGGAACCAAAACCAGGGGUGAAUGUCACAUGUUGCUCGUGGGUGACCCUGGUACAGGCAAGUCUCAAAUCUUAAAAUACGCAGCCAAGAUGAUGCCACGCUCUGUGCUCACUACUGGAAUUGGUUCAACAAGCGCAGGACUAACAGUUGCAGCAGUGAAGGAUGGAGGCGAUUGGCAUCUGGAGGCUGGAGCCCUCGUCCUCUCAGACGGUGGCUUAUGCUGCAUCGAUGAAUUCAACAGCAUCAAGGAACACGACCGCAUCAGUAUCCAUGAAGCCAUGGAGCAACAGUCCAUUAGUGUCGCCAAGGCUGGUAUAGUCUGUAAGCUGAACACUCGUACAACUAUUCUGGCUGCGACCAAUCCAAAAAGUCAGUACGACCCAAACGAAUCACUGUCUGUCAACGUCGCACUAGCGAGCCCUUUGCUAAGUCGCUUUGACCUGCUUCUGGUUAUGUUGGACAACCGAAAUCCAGAGUGGGACCGCGUCAUCUCUUCUUUCAUUCUGGAGGGUACAGGACUGCCCUCUGAGAGCUCCCCCAACCUCUGGUCCAUGGAGAAAAUGAGGGCUUAUUUCUGUGUAAUAAAGCGAUUACGGCCACAGGUUACAGAGGAAGCCAACUCUAUCUUAUCAAGGUACUAUCAACUGCAAAGGCAGAGUGAAGACCGCAAUGCCGCACGCACAACCAUCCGCAUGCUGGAGAGUUUGAGCAGACUGGCUGAAGCUCAUGCUCGUCUCAUGUACAGAGAGACUGUAACGAUAGAGGAUGCUGUUAUGGCUGUCUCUGUGAUGGAAUGUUCCAUGCAGGGUGGCAGUUUGCUAGGAUGUGUUAAUGCUGUUCUGACUUCAUUCCCAAAUGACCCUGGUCAGCAGUAUCGGACACAAUGUCAGGUACUGUUAGAAGGCCUGAAACUGCCCCUCUUGAUUCAAAAGGAGAUGGACAGAUUGGACAGGCUUGGAAGCAGCAGCAUCAAGGCUUCUAGCUCUGAACAACCAACUGAUCACCACAAUGAAACAAACACUCUCACCAAAACACCACCUGACGUACCAAAGACCUGCAUGAAGGGGGCUGAGCAGGAGAAGGGUUUAGAUUGGUUUUACUCCUUAACUGCUUCGCAAUCAUCAGAUGAAAUCACCUCUCCAGUAUUCACAUCAACUCAACGCAAUGAUAAAACACAUUCUGAGCAAGGUGGAAUGAUUGAAGAGAAACAACCUGAAGUUCAGGAUCAUCUUCAUGGAUCCCAUGCACAAACAUCAGGGGAUGUCUCUGAAAAUCUACAAGGGAGAAGAGUCAAGGAGCUUCAGCGUAAAUCACAGCAAGGACUCGAAGAAAGUGAAGUCAUUGUAAAUAAGAGAAGUGAAGAUGUCAGUGUUUUAAAUCCAACUUCUCAUACUGGCUUGGAUUCUAGAAUUCAGGGUAACCCUCAGUGUCGCACAGCAACUAAAACCAUUCACACUCUUCUACAAGACAAAAUUGCAGCUUCAGAUGAAACUACUCCUUUCAAGUUUUCAGACUUUAUAUUCAAACCAAAGAAGAUGAGAUCAUCAGUCCAAAAUGACCAUUCCGCUGUGAUUGCACCUGAAUGCAGAAAACGUCGAAACAAAACCGACAAAGACAUUCAACAGAAGGUCAGCAGCUGCGAUAAGGCCAAUAGUGCUCUUAAAGACGGUGAAAAUAGAAAAAAGCAUGCGAGUCUCAGCGAAACGAAACAAAGCGAUGACAUAAGGAACCAAGACGGUGACAAGAGUAAAACAUUUUCUACACCUUUAAAAACUACCGAUCCUUCAAGCGCUGCAAAGUCAACAGUCACCGCCUCAACUCUAGCUAAACUUUCAAGAUUCUCUUUCACUGGCACAACGGAACGCACGACCCCAGCGCAGACAGAAAAUUGUGUCAAGAUGAAGAGAAAAUGUUUUGAUUUUGACCCGCCAACAAGUGCUCUCUGUGGUUUGAAAAGUGUGUUCAACACAUCUCUCUUUGAUUCUGGUUGCAACAGCGCAGGUGGGGAAUUACAAGACCGGAUAUCAUUAACCAAGGCUGAAGUCACUACUUUGCCAUCAACAUACAGUACAUGGAAAUGAGGGACAACAGCAACUUCUCAUCAUGGGAAUUGACAGGAAGAGCUGAAGAUGAACGCACACAAACACGGUUUUUCCAACUGACGUACGGAUGUCCUUCUGGGAUGUCACGCAGGAGGUCAGAGGAGAAGUUCUCUGUUACUGUCUGGAGGGAAGCCAGGAAGGCCAUGACUCCUCUGAUGUUGGUCAACUAAACAGGCUGUUUGUUCCACACGACUAAACAACAUUGCACUUUGGAUGACGUCCUACAGUGGCAAAUUUGGACUUGUCUAUUUUUAUGGAUUUCCUUAAAUCCUAAAUUUCUGCUUGGAAACAACAUGUGGUUGUUCUACUCUCUGUUCUCAGCAUUGAACCAACAUCUGGACUGGAAAUGUCACACGUGCCAAGAACAUUUGCCAGAUUUUGCACUGGUCCACAUCUGCAUUCGACCUCCUGGCCAAGGAUGAAAACAACACAACAAAUUCAACUCAAAAGGUUUGAGGAAACAAAUUGCUAUGAUUUAUCUAAGUUGAGUAACUUUAGCAAUUAAAGUAUUAAAAAUAUUUGAUUUGACUUACAAAAAAAAUUAUCGUUUCAGUAACGAACGAAUAACGUAUUGAAUAAAUAUUACACUUUUAUUGUGAAGGAAAAUAUAUGGCUGCAUUUUUAUCAAUAUUGACUCUGGCGAUGCUAAAUUAAUGAAAUGAUUCGGGUCGGCUUAGGCAAGACUGUUUUUGCCUCUUUGUUGACUUGAAAACAGAGGUUCAGAUAAGAUGCUAAAACCUUUGAGACUUUGAAGUGUGCGUGCGUGUGUGGUGGGGGAACACAGUCAACAGCCAAAAACACUUAAACUAUAUAAGGGAUAAUGUCGUUGUUUCUGCUUCAUGCUGACUGCAUUGCCUGGAAACUCCAAAGAAGUUCACAAGGUAUUUAAGACCGAGAAUCGUGAUAACUAGGAAACUAAAUUGCCUCAGUUCUAAACAAUCACUUUUCAACAGUCUCAGUCAUUGACGCCAUACAACUCAACUCUUAACCUCGUUCAAAGCCAUGUUGUUUUCUCUGAUUCACCAAAUAAGAUUAAAAAAAAAAAGCUACACCAUAUGGACAAAAGUAUUUGGACACACAAGGUAAUAACAUGAGCAAAUGUGGAAUUGUUUCUUUAUUAUAAAAAUAUUGCAACCAAAAGAAAUUUGACAUCUAUCACAUGCGGCACCUGACAAAAACGGAAUGUCUCAAAAACAUUUUCAUUGCCAGACCCUAGAGAUAAAACGAUUCUCCAUUUAAUUGUGACAACACGUUCCUUUUUUUGUUCUUUCUCAACAGAACAUUUACAAAGAUAACCAACAUUCUCACUUACUAGUUAGGAUUGGAUAGCAAACAGCCAAUCAAAACAUGCCCUGUCUGACUCCUGAUUGGUUAAUAGAUUUUAAUUUAUUAAUUUCUGGUUAUUAUGGCAAAAUAUAUACACACACCAUGCGGUGAAGUGAAAAAUAGUGGGGCAAUUAAGGUGGAACUUCUUUGUGUAACUAUUAUGUUUCUCUUUGUGGACACUCUUGGCAACCACAGACUACGCAUAAACCUCAUUCUCUCCAUGCGUCACUUAUUUCAGCCAAAGAAUUAGUUGCUUCACUACCAAAUGUUAAGGUAGCCACAACAUGCGUGUUAAACUUGCUCCGUUAACAUUCAGUCUUUCUGUGCCAUGUUUCUUGGAACACAUCUUCUGUUAUUGAAGAGGUAACCACUCACGCAGCUCAAGGAAUUUUCCUCCUUAAGUGUCUCUUUCUGCUUUUCACCCCAAGUAUUUAGUUGCCAGUUUACCACUUGCUCAUUUCCUCUGGAGACUCAGCUCGGAAUUACAAACACAGCUCGCGGUGUCAUUGUGUGUUUUCUUUGAAAAUAGAGUGACUUUGCAAUUGGCAAAGCUUAGUUUUGAAAUACAUUAUAAAUUAUAAUAAAUAAUAUUAUAAAAUACAAUAAAUACAGAUUCAAGGAAAUUCAAAGCAGUAAAGAUUUUUUUUAUAUAUAGCAUGUGAAACGUUAUGAAGUCUUAAUAAUAAAGUUGAUCAUAAUACACAUUAACACUGAUAUUGGCACACACACAAACAAAACAAAUGAGCACACAUAUUCUAAGUUCAAUUGCCUUUCCUUGCUAAGUCUGGUGUGUUUGGAGAUGGUUACUGAGGAGACAGUAUGCAGGAGGCCUCCCGUGCCUCCUACUGAAAGCCUUUCUUUCGCUGAUAGAUGUCCGAGCCUCUUGCUGAGUCCAGAUUUGUAAUCCAUGGAGCAUGCAGUUCACGCUUUUUUUUUUUUUUUGCAAUAACGCUCACAAAUUCAAAAGUCACAUAAACUUGUCAGUUCAACCUUGAUUAAGUUUAUUUUCAGAAUAAAUAGCAUGGUUGCGGUUCUCAUGUUUGAGAUUAAGAUUUACUAACGUUUGCACCUGGAUAUUUGACUCAUUCUGCUCUGUGCAGCUAAAUGGAGCAGCUUUUUGUCGUGCAAUAAAUACUGUGUGAGGAGGUGUACUAUGUAUGUAUAUUAUGCUGACAUUAAAGCAGAGAUGAUAACUGAAUAAAAAACUCAAAAUGUUAUAAAAACAGAAUAAAAAAAAAACUCAAAAUGAUAUCAAAACAACCAAAAUUGAAAACUAUUAUCUUAUAACUACACAUUUUUUCAAAAGAAUUUGGCGAAUCAGUUUACAAACAACACAAAAUUUAUCAGUCCUGUCUAUUGCGUCAAAAAAAAAAAAAAAAAAAGCAAAAUGAUUUGUUCGCAAAUGCAGUGACCCCCUCAAGUGUGGUGCACAUUUAAAUAUUCUGCUGACAUUUGCCCUAAAAAUGAAACAUUCAAAUACUGUUGGCGUGUUCUUUCCAAGCUGCAAACAAAGCUACAUUUGUAUGGUUAUCAAAUAAACAUAGCGCAUUUACUAUCAUGUUUCAGUAUUUGUCAAACAUGAUGAAAUGUAGAAAUGUGAGUGGCUGAAAAUGAUAAAACCAUUGAGCUGAAUAGUCUCCUUUCAGGCAGAGGUGGUAAAGCACACUGAUUUAUAAAAGGGACCUUUGGAAGAUACAGAAAAUUCACAUAUAGGCACGUACUGAAAAUUUAACACAGAAAUACAGUCUUGCAGUUAGUCACGACUUUUCUAGGCAGUCCAACACUGUUUUUUUUUUUUAAAUAAAAAAGACAGAUUCAAAUAUAUUUCAGGUAACGUCCCCUCAAUCUUGUGCCUUCAACGAGUUGCAUCAGAGACUCAAUCAAGCGGGCAUUCAUAAAAAGUUGCACUUUUACACUGGAAAAAAUCAUCCCGUAAUCAGAUAAUUAAUUGCGCAACAUGGUCAGUGAUGACAAGAAUCCAAUGUGACAACAAAGAAAUGAGACCAUGGCAGCCGCUGCUGGUCAUGACUAAAUGCCAACUGGCUUAUGUCACAGGGUGGCGUAACAUCUCAUCUAAUUUAUUACAAUACUUCUCUCAUUCGGAUUCUUUGUCAUGAUUUUAUGUAUUCCGCAACUGUCACGCAACUGAAGGUGCAACAAAGAUAGUGGGGAAGCGAAUUGUCGCAAACAUCCUCCAUAGCAAUGGUCCCUAAACCUUUUUUGUAUUAGGGACUAGUUUCAUGCAUGAACAUUGUAUGCACCUGUAUUGUAUGCAAAUGACAAAACCUUUCAAUUACGCUUAAUAUCAAGUAAUCAAUAUUUCCUUGCAACUAGAUUUUCCCAUCCUCUUUUUGUCUUGGUAGCUGUCCACAGAAAUUCCCACUGCACAUUAAUCCAGACUGCUAAGAAAUUUGAAACUGUAGGUGUCAAACGCAAGGCCCGGGGGGCAGAUACUGCCCGCCACAUCAUUUUUCUGUUGUUGUUUUGUUUCAUUCAUGAACUUCACUAAUGCAUCACAUUUUAAUGUGAUAUUUUAACCCCGGAAAGACUAUUUUGGGCUGACACCGAGACUUCCUGGAAUAUAUCUAUUGCUUGGCGACCUCAUUGGGAUGACUGUGCAGAAAUCAACAUUAGUACUCAGUCUUUGAUUUAUUGGAGAGCUUGGACAGCUUCCAAUUUUUUUUCUGGGAAUAUCUGUGAGAAUGAUGGAAUUAGUUGGUUCCUUAUUUGCUUUGUCACACUGACUAUACAAUUUCUUUAAAACGUUUUAAAUAAAACAAAAUACUUUUUUACCAUAUACAUUUUUGCAUGGUUAAAGUGGUGAAGUUUCUUUCCUGAAUGAAAGAUCAAAAUUAACAUGUCUAAUUCUGGUGUCUGUGUGUCAAAUUCACUGUAAAUCAAUCUGAAGAUAUUAUUAAUGGAAGUUUACAAUUCCCAUUUGCUCCCCUACGUUUUUAACUCGGACACAUGUGGUCUUCAUGCUGUGGCUACAGUCUGUACAACAUGUGGUUUGGUUUAGUGCGAUGGAAAGAUUAAAUGGGGAACUUGGAAAAGUGAAAAAGAGCUGUGUCCUUUCUUGUUAUGAAAUUUAACUACAUCUCUCGAAAGCUUUUAUCAAAGCUCGAGUAAAGCUCAGCGCUGAAUACCUGGAACCUUAUUGCACUCCUUUUUUGUGGAUCAUGAUUUGGUUUAUGUGGUGUUCGGCAACCAUGCCAGCAUUAGUUGGAUGGUUUUCUCUGUUUUAAGGACAUGAUGCAAUUCUCUAUUAAUGUCAGUAGUUAACAAAGAAAGAGGAAAAAAAACAAAUUGUUGAGAGAUGUGGUUACUACAUAUGUCAGGAUAAAUUGUGUAUUGUUAAUAUUUAGUGCAUGUUCUUCUACAUUGUGGCACAACAUUACGUUGGUAAUGGAGGAAGAGUGUCAACACAAAGGAAUAAAGUAUUUUCAAAGUGGGCAUGUGAAAUAUAUCAUAAAUAGAACAAAGCGUUAACUGCUGUUGACAGUGAGUUAGUAGUUCUAUUUAAUGAAAUGGAACAAGAGCAGACUAGCAUAAAGUACGUGCCAGUGAACGGAAAGAAAUUAAGUCAAUGACGUCAAAUGAAAGACCAGUCUGCAGUUUCACUUCAAUUUAAAAACGCAUACCUGACCCUGACUUCAGGUUUUGUUCAUGCAUUACCAAAAGUAUGUUUUUACAUAACAGGAGACAUAAAAUGAAUUUAAAAUGCUGAUGACAUACAGAGUAUAAUGAAAAAUGGUGUUCUCAUUCUGCUUUCUUGAAUUGCACAAAUCCAUUUUCUGUAACAAACAGCAAGCUGUGAAUGUGGAUCCCAAAAAAAGCAGACCCCAGAUGAAAGUAAACAAACUUUAAAAUAUAGUAUCAUGUAGGAUGAAACAUAUUUAUGUGCCAAAUAUUUUAUUCUGUUUGAAAGAAUGGCUUGCUCGGUGUUCCGGGGGACCGAGGAUGAUUUCUAUUCCACGUUCCCGUCAUACCUGACGAUUUGGUAACAGAAAGUAGAGUACACUUUAGACCAGGUGAAACCAGGUCUAAGUUGUGGCGCGAGUAAUAUAACCCGAUUCCCAUUACGCAUGGUUGUAAUUCAUCAUAUUUCAUUCACUGAUAUGACAUCAGUGUGCAUCAAACCCUUUAAAUCAUUGUAGAAAUCAAUUCAUAUAAUGCAUUAUUAUUAUUAUUUUUAUACAUACCCAGUACAAAAUGUAUACAACAAAUUAUUGGCUGUGAUUUAAGAUUAAUAUGACGAGCAUCCUGUGUCAGCUAGAACAAGUUUUAGACAGCACAAUAAUCAAUAAACCAGUCAGAUUAUUAAGAAUGAAGAAACAUUUAUUGGUUAAAAUAGUUUUCACAGAUACAAUGAAUGUUUGCUUUGCUAUCAUGCACUUACAUAGAUUAGCACUGUCGGAACUACUAUAACAAAUGACUAUUUUUCCCGCUUUGUCAGUGAAAUAUUAACAUUUGGCCCAUAACAAUUAAACCAGCAGUUGGAUGCUUCAUAUCACGCACCUUAGUGUUUUUAUUUUGUUACAAAAUAAAUUAGCAACAUUUAUACAGUAUCAGAAAACUCUUCUCACGUUGUGGGUGCAUCAUAUUAACAUAGUUAUCACCUACUAGAUCACAGUGCAAAUGCCAUUGUAGCUGAAAGAUCCAUGUAAGUACCAACACAACGACUCAUUUUGAAAGAGCAAAUUGAGAUUGAUUCUAAUGUUUUGUAGUUGAGGAGCUACAUUGGCAUAUAUUUUAAUAUAACUGACUAAAUAUUAGUCCAGAUCUAGAAGAAGUCUUCUAAAAACUCACAUUUUCAUUGUGACAGUUAGCACGAUUUACAGUACUAAGUAACUAUUUCUCAAGCAGCAACGCUGACAUCGAAUUGGAAACAAAUACGCUAAAGAGAUCAUUCACUCAAAUGAAUAAGAAAAAAAAAUCUUUCGGUCGUCUCCCAACUUCCCACAAAUAUGAAAAAGGCAGCAAUGAUUUCACCAACCAAUACAUUGCUGUGUUACGACAGCCUGAUGCAUCAAUUUUGCCACUAACACGCUCCUUUACAAAAAAAAAACAUACAAAUAAACCCACAGAAUGAAACAUCACAUAAAUUCAAAGUUUAUCAGGAAAAAAACAUCCAGACUGACUACAUCAGUCAGUCUGGAUGUUUUGUGACUGUGACUGUAGAAACGGCCAAUAAAUAUACAUGUUGUAGGGAGUUUAAAAAAAAAGAAAACUAUAUAAGAUGUACUGAAUAGUAGUCAAUUCGUAAUUGGAGUAGUGGAUUUCCAUCAUAACUCAAGCAAUAAAUACUCAGCAAACUCCCAAAAGCCUUGUUUUGCCUUUUUUUGCAAAGUGGUUAACAUUAAAAAAAUUGUCAUUGGAAAGACACAGCUCAAUGGGCUUCUUUUUUUUUUUUAAAUGUUCACAUUUCAUUUUUUAUCUCAUAAUUGGAAAACAUUUUGAGGCUUAGUCAAUUUCCAGUAAUAAAAUAGUCAUCUUAGAAUUCUUAGAAAUGCGAGUCCACCAAGCAAAACCGUUGGUACAUUUGUAACUACCUAAAUUAGAACUACCGUAUUUUCCGCACUAUAAUGCGCACCGGAUUAUAAGGCGCACCUUCAAUGAAUGGUCCAUUUUAAACUUUGUCCAUGUAUUAAUCCAUCUAUUUGGACACGCCUGCUGUAGUGGCUCAAUAUUGGUCCAUAUAUAAGACGCACCUGAUUAUAAGGCGCACUGUCGGCUUUUGAGAAAAUUUGAGGUUUUUAGGUGCGCCUUAUAGUGCGGAAAAUACGGUACAUGAAAUGCUUGGUAGUAAAUAACCACCUUGUAUCCAACUUGGUAUCCUGAAAUUGUUUAUUAGGCUGUUUAAUGUGUACUUAUACUUAUGUACUUAAUAACUAACAUGACAUCAAAACUGAAAUGAUAUAUCACCCAUCUUUGGCAGACUUCUAUGUUAGUGUGCCAAAACGGUUGGUACUUGACCCGUUUAGGGACAAUUCUAAAGACCUUCAUUAACAAAAUGGCCGCCUCUACUAGAGCAUACCGCAGUGAAUCAAACUGAACUGUCCUGCUUGGUAGGAACAUGGCUGACACUAUAUAAAAUGAUCACAUAGUGUUUAUUGAACAUAAAAUCAAACAAAUCUCCGUGUUCAACUGUUCUUGAGUGACUGCAUCUCAGGAUCACCUCUGCCUUUCCCCUACUUCUAAGGGUGUGCUUUGUUAAGGCUUGGUUAGGUGAUAGGCCCUAUAGGUAAAUGGAAAGUCCUCAAAAACUAUUUGCAACUUGUACCUUUUGUCAGUGUUACAUACAGGUUUAGGUUUGAAUGUCUCUUGACAAACUUGGGCUACGUUCACACUGGAGCUCAAUUCCGAUUUUUCUUUUUUUUUGCCCAUGUGUAUCUGGUUGUUGAAACUUGAAUCAUAAAGUGGACAUUUCUGGCGAUGGACAUUGGGCAGUGUCAACGUAGCCCAAGAGUCUCUACGACAAAAACAGUAACUGAGGUUAGGCCCAGCUUCUGUUUAAACCUAAGUGAUCGUUUCCUGAUUCUCAGGCUGCCAGCCAGGUUUAAACGUCCAGGUCAUCUGGCCUGGCCCGGCUACUCAUCCGACUGCUGGCCCGGCUGCAGGGCCGAGCGUCCAUCAAGGGCAGAGGCUGCAUUUCGUGUCCGGCUGAUAAGGGCAAUUUCUUAUGCUCGUGGGUAUCGUCGGGGAAGUCAAAGGCUUGUGCAUGGGAGUUUGAAAUAGUGCUCCCUCCUCCUCCAAUCUGGCCAAGGCGGUUCUGCUCCGUGGAAUAAUUGGCCCAGUUCUGUUCAUGGGCCUGCUUGUUAAAAUUACGACAAGACCCUGUACCCCUCUCUCCUGUGGCCAAUUUGUAACCUGGAGGGGACAUGGGUGAGAGUGGGGCAGUAGGGGCAGAGCAGCCGUUAUAGUAAGCAUACUUGGUCGUGGAGAGAUCCUUGGGGGUCGGGCUCAAAGUGCCCCCACUAGCAUAGAUUGUGGGUGGCUGUUGGUCCUUCACACGAUCUUUGAUCCUCUUGAAAAGCACAUAGAAGAGCUCAAUGAUGUUGAGAACCAAGGACACCAGAGAAACCACUAGCAUGAAGAUAAUGAAGACUGUCUUUUCCGUGGGACGUGACAGGAAACAGUCCACCCUAUGCGGGCAUGGAUCUCUCUCGCAAGUGUAGAUCGCCGAGAGGGUGAAGCCGUAUAUGUACCACUGGAUCACAAGAAAGCCCACCUCAAAGAGGGACUUGAAAAAAAUGCUGACGAUGUAGGUUCUCAGCAGCGCCCCCUUCAUCUUUACUUUGCCAUGCUCAUCAAUGCCGUGCUUGUGCUUUUUCAUUUCGAUUUUCUUCAGCGGGAGGUCAACAUCUCCUCCGUCAUUCUGUACAACUUUCAGCUCUUCCUCUUUCCUGUUCAAUUUCUGUUCCUUCCUGUUCAGGUAAAAGACAUGAGCCAGAUAAAGUAGGGUCGGGGUUGACACGAAGAUAAUCUGGAGGACCCAGAAUCUGACGUGGGAGAUGGGGAAGGAUUUGUCAUAGCAGACGUUCUCGCAACCAGGUUGUUGGGUGUUACAUUUGAAAGCAGACUGCUCAUCUCCCCAGGCGGAUUCUACUGCCGUGCCCAGGACCAGGAUUCUGAAGAUGAAGAGGACAGAGAGCCACACCUUCCCCCCGGCAGUGGAGUAGGCCUGGACUUUAUCCAACAAACGACCAAGAGCGCUCCAAUCGCCCAUCCUCAAGUAGCCUACGUUGGAAAAAAAAAAGACAUUACAUCAAUAUGUAAGAAUUAGCAAAUUCAAUUAUCUGACUGAUCAAAGCUCCCAUUGUAAUGAAUGCUUAGUUUAACUUGAUUGUCAAUAUAUAGUGUAGGCUAUACAACAAACUGAUGAAUAACUAGUUUUGAAAUCAAAGAUGAGUAAAACUAUUCCGAUAUUAAUAAAAGCUAGCAAUCUCUGUUUUUUUUUAAGUAAACACAAUUGGCCAUUUUUGUAUUGACACAUGAAUUUGAUGCAUAAUUUGUCUUUGAGGGCCAUGUAAAAUGAUGUGGCGGGCCGUAUCUGGGCCCCCGGGCCUUGUGUUUGACACCUAUUGCAUCAAAUGAUCAUUUCUGCAUAUUUUCCUGAUCCUUGGCUUUGUUUUUGUUUUGCUGUUUUUGAACCCUCUUCAAAAAGAGCUGUUGAGAGAAUAAUGUGCAAAGAGGAAAUAAAAAAUAUGGGCAUAAAUCAGAGACUAUUUUUACCCCCAAAAGAUGAGUAAGAACUGUUGGAUGGGAAUGGAAUUUAAAAAAAAGACAACUCCCAUUUUUACUAGAUCAUUAUUUUAACUACUUUGAAGACUUUAUUUUCUUUGGUAGUGGCAACAUGAAGUGUUAGUGGCUUCUGUAUAUUGUUGGAGGUUUAUUGGUCCUUGUGAAACAAGCACACAAGUUAAUUCAGUUGCUAGGAGCAGACACAGGAAACACGUUUCAGACACAAUCUUGUAAGUUGGAGAAAGUAUGUCACAAUCUUAACACCCAAUGUGACGCAUUAAAUGAGUCAUUAUAUAAAUGCAGAAAGCUUAGCAAAACCUUGAAUCAGAGAUAUCCAUGAAUCAUGACAUUAAGAUAAUAUUUGUGGGUGAAAAAAAAGGAUAGAAGGUGUUCACUUUGGAUUAUUCCAGAUCAAACUGGUUGGAGCUCUUGAUUAAAAACAUUUCAGUCACAUGAGGGGAUUUUAGCUUAAGUAUUUCCCUGCUGCUCUCAUUUUCAACACUCCCAUUGUGCCCAUGUCAAGUUAACAUGCUUGUAAACAAACUGCUUUUGCUAUUUUUAAAAAAACAUUUAUUUAUAUCGCUUCUGUUUUCUUUCUGUAUUUGUACGUUUAUUGUAUGUGCUUUACCUCUUUCAAAUGUAGUGUGAAGAAGCACAAAUAAGUUGUUGCAGACAUGAAGCUUCAAUGACCGUCCCAAAAAAAAAAAAAAAAAAAGUGUGUGUGUGUGUGUGUAGCAGACCGGAAAGCCCUGCUGGGAGUUUCUUUCCAAAGUGCUCACACUGUCCUGUUGACAGCUUAGCAGUGCUAAGCAUUGUGACGCAACUGGCAAGUGCCAUCUAUACAAUUUAUUUUUAUAACCUAAACAGGCUCACAUGGAAUUUGGAUCUCAUCUGAGAAGAACAUCAUGGACUGAUCACAGGCAUCAUCAUCAUUUUCAAUCAAUACCUAAUGACGUUUAAGAUUGGGAUGCAUCUCCUUGAGUUUCCUCAUUGCUGUGAUGCUUACAGUGAUUAGCAUUAAGAGCAACCUAAUUGGACAUAUUUUCAUUCAUUUUUAAACUGACACCUGUGAAAUGCACUUUUUUUUUUCCACCACUCAAACCCACACUCAAACCCACACUCAACAGUGCUUUGAGGGAAGACUAAUGAAAACAGAAAUAUUAAUCAUUUGUACCGUGCAUUAAGAAAACUCAAUGUUGAAUUCAAAAUUGAAUGUUUUCCAGUUGUCCUAAAAUCUGCCCUUCUUAGAAGGAUGUUAACCUUAAGACAUUUUUCAUGCUAUAAAUUACCACCACAUGUUUCCUAUAAUUUAUUACCGGGCAAAACAAUGCACCUUAUCCGACAAACUGGAUGGUCAUAAGUUAUUUUAGGGUUAGUCAGAGACUCAAAUAGGAAUAAGUCAAUCAUGCCAAGUGAUACUAAAGACAAUAAAUAAUUUUGUAGUUAUUGGACAGAAAUUCCCGCCACUUUCUAGAUGAGUGGUUUUGGUGAUAAAUGAUUCAGACAGCACAGACAAAUCCAACACAAUGGCCCGUGCAGAAGACACAGGAUAUGAAUGGAAAAACAAGUCCCAGUUUGAGGUUUCCUGCUAUUCCUGCAGCAGCUGAACAAUCUUUUUGAGGUUGUUUAACGGCUGUAAACUAACUGGGCUGACUGGGAAAUACGCUUUUAAUUAAAUCACAUCAUUCACUUCAAGGUUCUGCAAACAGGAUCAUGGGUCCAAAAUGCCCCCCACAAAAAAAAAAAAAAAGUGUUUUUUUUCUUACAAGAAAACAUUGUGGGGCAUAUUUAAAUUACUAUUAUAAACAGUUAAUCAAAUUGAAAUGCUGCAAAAGCACAGUUCUGUGUUUGUGUCCAAACACAAUAUUUAGAGGCUAACUUAUAAUAAAAGUUGUAAAUAUAACAUUUGGAGCUUUAAACUCACCUGGAAAGUUACAGAAAGGAAAAUAGAGAGCCCGUUGGGACCCUUUCCGUUACAUUAAUUGGAACUCACUCCCCAAAGGUCAACAUCCAAGUUUGGGAACAGACUGGAAACUGAGCCUAACUUAUCAAACUUCCCUUAUAAGUGUCCCGUCAGAAGAGGGAGUCACCUGACCUUGACGUCAAAACCGAAGCCCCUUUCGUUCUCCAUGAGGACAAAAAAAAAAGUUAGGCAGGCCAACAUGAAAGAGUUCAAAGCAGCCAAGAAAGUGGAAAGAACUAAUACGUGUUUAGUUUAUUAAACUAAUUUUAGGAAAAUGUGUUUUUGUCACUUUAAUGUAUCUUUAACAUCAAGCAUAUUGCCACGAGAGUUGUUGGCAGUAGUUUGUUUUUACGCACAUCGUACGUCUUUACAAUAUGUUCGGAUCCAAAUACGCAUGCAUAAAAUUUAUAAUGAUUUAAAAAAAAAGAUCCGGAGCCGGCAUCGACACCUGUUCAUUUGAAUGUUGCCGAAAUGUAUUUUUUCUGGAUUUUACCAUAAAUGCUUCUGUUAGAAAACAUAUCCAAUCUCGUUUCAGCAAACGAAUAUAAAACGUAUUAUUUCACUCCAAGCCUGUCGAUUGUUUGCUCUUUUUUGUUUGCAUCUCUUAAUGUAUCAAAAAAGUUUCUCUCGUUUCUAUCAACUUUUCUUGUUGCGAUUUGCUGGUAAAUAUCGCCGUCUAGUGGCUAUAUUAAUAAACUACAGACGAUCACUUUAGUACCACAAAGACUUGCUACGUACUUGGAUUGAUUUUGCCAGAGUAUUUCAAAGUAUAUCGUGUUGAUGAUCAGACAAGCGCAAACACACAAAAUCAUCACGUUAAUGAAUUUCAAUCAUUAUUCAAAUAAAAACACGAGUAAAGGAUUUUUUUCCUUUUGUCAAAAGUGUGUCUCUAAUAAAACAAAACAAAUUGUCGGUCGGUAUCAAAAUGCAAUAAUUAAUACCCAAAAAUAAUAAUAUAAAGCACCGUUCUGUGUUUCUGUGUCCACACGAAAUUUAGAGGCAAAUAUAAUAAUAAAAAUACAACAUUAGAAGUUUCAAACUCACCAGAGAGUAAAUUAGAGACACGGGAUUAAUUGGAACUCGCUCCUCAGAAAGGUUGACAUCCAAGUUUGGAAACAGACGGAAAAGUGAGCUUAAUUUAUAAACUUCCUUUACAAGUGUCCCGUCAAAGAGAGAGUCACCUGACCAUGACGUCAAACCCGAAGCCUCUCUCGCGCUCCAUUAAGAUAAUAGCAAAUGGGUGGGGGCGUUUAAAAUGUAUAUUUUACCUCAAACAGUACUGAGGCAUACGCAGCGAUAAAAAUAAAAACUUUCCAUAACCUGUUUGAUACUUUGAUUCUUUAGCGCUAUUGAGAGUUUGCUUAGCGGACCACGUGCAUGUCUUGGAAUAUGACGACACAUGUUGAUUUAAAUGUCAACGAAAUACGCUGAUAGAAAUUUUCGAAAAUUAUUCACUGAACAAGACAUAGGGGGAUGCAUUUAUUUCUAAUUGUAAUUUAAUUUAUUGCUGCAGACACGCAGUUGUAUUUUUAUUAUUAUUAUUUCGAUUGAUUUUUAUCUGAUACACUUCCACUAAAUUUGUAGAAAAGAAAACACAAUUUCAAUCUAGGCCAUAAAAUCAAAUGAAAUGAAAGCAAAGAAUAAGCAGAACAGAAAAUGAAUGUGGAGGAAUGAAUGUAAAAUUAUAAAAUUUCAGUUUGAUGAAAAAGACUACAAACCAUUAUGAGUAACUUUUGUCUCUAAAUGGGUAACAUUGCUGAGAUCCUUUAAAAUGUAUCCCGGGUAGCCAGGAAGUUGUUACAACUUUGAGCCUCCAUGACUGUAAAGUGCAUUUUAAUCAAAUUAAUAAAGUUAACCUAACUUGCAGAUCAAAGGCCUCCUGUAAGUCAACUACAUGAUGCAUGUCGCCGAUGGCUGUCAUGUCUGUAACAUUGCUGAAAUGUUUCAUCAGAUAUUAAAGAUCAGGCAAAGAUGAAAGAGGAGCAUUGGCUCAUUCCUUUGCCAGUAAAUUUUCCAAUUGUUUCAAAAUCCAAACAAAUGGGUCAGCUCCCAUUGAUUGAAAAUUGAAAUUUUACCCGUUAUCAGACAUGGCCAUGACACUGAGGUUGAGGUUAUUAUUAAUUAUUAUUAUUAUUAUUAUUAUCAUCAUUAUUAUUAUUAUUAAUAUUGUAUACAUUUUAUAUUUUUUGUAUUAUUUAUUAUAUAUAUUCUAUUUCUCCUAAAUGCACGGAUUACCGAGAGGUGCUUUUUUGUUACAAAGAUUUAAAGUAGAAGCAUCGACAUCAAACAUUGCUCAAUAGUUCAAAGUGAAAUAUUCAGGGACAAUAUAAUUGACAAGCACUUUACUUCAACCUCAAAUUACAGAGCCAAGUAAAAAUGGAACAGUGAAUAACAAAUAAAGUUUUAGGACUUUCUACAAGAGUAGCUUGCAUUUGUUUACAUCAGUUCACAUGAAAGAUUUGGCCUUUAAAAUAAACCUUGUGACAUUCAAUGUAAUUUAUUUAUUUCAAAUGUUAAAAAAAAAAAAAGUUGACAUGAACCUUUGAAGUCAGCAGUAGAAAAAAAAAUCGUACACUUGAGUUUCCCUUGUUUUCACUCUGAGUGGAUGUGACUUUCAUCGUUGCUUAAGCACGUGGUGACCUGAGGAUGGAGAGGCAACAGAGGGUAGCCUAAGCCUCCAUAUUGGUUUCUCAUGCUUCCCCAUGGUGGCUUGGUUGGUGCACACGUCGUCGCCGUGAGCACCUGAGCUUGAGCUGCGAGCUGUUUCUUUGCGCUAUACCUUCUGUUACACAGAAGGUACACCAUCUCAACAAUAUUGAGAAGUACUGAAAUACCAGAAACCACAAGCAUAAAAUAGAUAAAGAUGGUCUUCUCUGUAGGGCGAGAAAUAUAACACCUAGAUCCGCUCUCAUGAGCACAAGGUGGUGAAUUCUUACAAUGGAAAUCCGAGACAACUUUUAGAGGGCCAAAGACAUAGAACUGUCCGAUGGUGAACCCAACUUCCAGCAUUAUUUUAAAUACGAGCUGGGUCAUGUAUGUGGAAAAUAAGAGUCCUUUAAUUUUCACCUUCCCUCUUUCAUCAGUGUAUUUAGGUGUCUUUGGUUUGUUUCCAUUGAUUUUGCUCUGCUCCAGCUCUAUCAUUUUCUUCUCCUUGUGGAUGAUGAAGACAGCAUGGCCAAGGUAGACCAGUGUGGGGGUUGACACAAAAGUGAUUUGCAGUACCCAGUAAUGCACGUAAGACAUUGGGAACAUCCAGUUAUAGCAGGAGUGUUUACAUCCUGGUUCGAGAGAGUCACAGUAGAACUCAGACAAUUCGUCACCCCAAACAUUUUCUGCAGCAGCGCUCAACACGAAGAUCCUGAACACAAAGAGGACACUCAUCCAGAUCUUUCCGACAACAGUGGAAUGAGCUUGGACCUUGUGGAGAAGUUUGGACAGGUACGCCCAGUCACCCAUGGCAAAUAACUAACAUCUGAAAUAGAAAAA